AUGAUUAAUGGUGUGUUGGUAUAUACUGGUAAGGGGGAGUUAAUCGUUUCUAAAUUUUCCAAGAGCAAUGCUAAGAGAUCAAUUAGUGAUAUUUUUAGAGUACAGGUUAUUAAUAAUUUAGAUGUUAGAUCUCCUAUUUUAACAUUGGGUUCUACUACGUUUCAUCAUAUUAGGAGUAAUAGUCGAGAUCAUUUGUGGCUUGUUGCUGUUACCAGGAGCAAUGCUAACAGUGGAGCUAUUUGGGAAUUUUUAUAUAAAUUUGAUUCUUUAUUAAAUGCUUUUGGGUUAGAUAAUGAAACAACCCUGAAAGAAGAGUUUAUGACUUGUUAUGAAUUAUUGGAUCUUAUGUUGAAUGUUGAUGGGGUGCCAUUGGAUACUGAGUUGAGCUCUGUCUCGGCAAAAAUGAGUACGAAACCUUUGCACUCGAUUAAUUCUCCUUCUGAUAGUUCCUUAGAUAAUUCUAGUUCUCCAUUAUCAAUUUCAAAAUUUUUAAAUAGAAAUAAUAGAUCAAUGUCAGUGGAUACUAUGAAUACUGAACCUUCCAAUUAUCCUUGGAGGCCUAAUGGUAUUAAAUAUAAGAAAAAUGAAAUUUUUCUAAAUAUUAAUGAAAAGAUAAGCAUUUUAGUAUCUAAGGAUGAAACUAUUUUAAAGGCUUAUGUUGAUGGUACUGUAGAUUUAACUUCACAUCUAAGUGGUACACCUACUUGCCAAUUUGGAUUAAACGACUCCUUGAGUGUUGAUGAACCAAAUUAUUAUAAUAGCGAUGACAAUGGUUUUAGAAAUCAACAGAAUAUUCCUAGAGCCACAGCUGGUACUGUUGUUUUGGAAGAUUGUAAAUUCCAUGAAUGUGUAUCAUUGGACAAAUUUAAUAGAGAUAGAAUAAUAAAGUUCGUUCCUCCAGAUGGUCAUAUUGAAUUAAUGAAAUAUCAUGUUCGCGAUAAUAUCAACUUACCAUUUAAAGUCACUCCAAAUGUGAUAAAUUCACGUAGUAGAACUGGGUUAGAUUACAGAAUCACCUUGAAGUCGUUAUUUCCAAGCAAAUUAUCAGCUAAUGAUGUCGUACUUAAGAUUCCCGUACCAUCUAGUACAGUAGAUUGUAAAUUAAAUGUAUCAAAUGGUAAAUGUAGAUUUGUUCCUGAAGAAAGCUGUAUUAUUUGGAAAUUUGCCAAAUACAAUGGUCUUACUGAAAACAAAUUGAGUGCAGUCACCGUGUCAUCUAACGAUACUACCCAAUUGAUGCUACAACAAUGGGCAAGACCACCUAUAUCCUUAGAUUUUGAGAUAAUGAUGUUUAGUAACUCAGGUUUAGUAGUGAGAUACUUGAAAAUUAUGGAAAAAGACCAAAAAUAUAGGACUGUUAAGUGGAUCAAAUAUAUAUCCAGAUCUGGAUCAUAUGAAGUAAGGUACUAA